CCCCCUCACUUUUCCCCCAUCCCGCCGCUGUUCUUGCAAAACCCAGCACCAAGACCCUAGACCCCCGUAAUCGAGCCGUGCCGGGGCAAGAAGCCACCGUUUCCCUGUUCGCCAGUCUUGCCAUGUCGUCCUCCAAAGCCGGCGGCGGCGGCGGCGGCAACCCGUCGCGGUCCGCCUCCGUCAUCGUCGCGCACAGCGCGCGGGGUACCACAUCCUCAAGAUCGACGGCUACUCCCUGACAAAGAAUCUCCCUACCGGUGAGUGCAUCAUGUCCACCCAAUUCACAGUAGGUGGCCACCGCUGGCGCCUCAAAUAUUGCCCCAACGGCGUCGACAAGGGGACCGCUGAUUACAUUGGUAUUUAUCUUAUCCUCGACGAAACUGUCGCCAAGUCAGUGAAGGCGCAGUACCAAUUCCGUUUUGCCGACGAGGUGGUGGAGGAUCCCGUGAAAUUGGACGAAAAGGACAGCUUCGACAGCCACAGAGGUUGGGGAUACUCGAUGUUCCUCACGAGGGAAGAGUUGGAGGGGUCGGAGCAUCUCAAGAAUGAUUCUUUUGCUGUCCGGUGCGACAUAAUUCUCAUCAACGAGUUCCGCACAGAGGACACCCCCCAGUCCUUCGUCGAGGUUCCCCCGUCUGACAUGCACCAGCACCUCGCCGAUCUCCUCCAGACCGGAAGGGGCGCCGAUGUGGUGUUCAAUGUGGGUGGCACGAUGUUCACAGCGCACCGGUGGAUGCUUGCUGCCCGAUCGCCGGUCUUCAAUGCGGAGCUCUUUGGCAUGAUGAAAGAAAGUGACAACGGACGUGUAGUGCACAUACAUGACUUGAAGCCUCGGGUGUUCAAGGCCUUGCUGUUUUUCAUAUACACCGACAUGUUUCCAGAUAUGACUGAGGAGGAAGAUGAUGAUGCCACCAUGGCUCAGCAUCUGCUUGUUGCAGCCGAUAGGUACGGCAUGGAGAGGCUGAAGUUGAUAAGUGAAGAGAAGUUGUGCAAGUACAUUGAUGUGGACUCAGUGGCAACCAUACUGACACUAGCCGAGCAGCACCAUCAUGGUUCAUAAGGCGCUAAGGCGACUUGUGGCGACCUACCACCCUCAUAACGCCUAGGCGUAUUAGGCGCGCGGCGAGGCGACGCCAUAGACAUACUAUGAACAUGGCAUGACAACAAAAUUUAGUAGCAUAUACAUAACUUUUUUGGACUGCUGUACCACCCAUUCUCCCAUUUCCAAUUGCUCUUGCCACCCCUUCUCUUCUCCCAUACAGCAAGCUACACAAAAAAUGACCAAUCAGCAAAAUCAACAGCAAAAUAAAUAAGUGAAAAGGCUGCUGAAUUCAACAAGACAGCAACAUGAAUGCAUGAACAUGACACUAAAAUUAUAUAAACAGCAGCAUAAUUAGUUCAACACAUCAGUCCACAAGCUUAGAGCUUUGUGGGCAGCAGCAUACACCAUACAGAUCACAAAAUAAGACAAUAAGUAGUAGUACACAACAACAAAAGCUGAUGGGUUCAGCUCGCGAAGGAGCCUGCGGGCCGGCGGCCGGCGCAGCCUGAGGGCCGGCGGGCGGGGUCGCGCUCGCGCUGAGGACGGCGCAGAGGAUUCGCGCUUGCGACGCGGAAGGCGCAGAGGAGUCGCGCUCGCGCCGUGGACGGUGGACGCGCGGACGGCGGACGUGCGGAGGAGUCGCCGCCUCCGCGAGCUCCAGAUAUAUGAUGAAAAGAUUGAGAAGUCACGGCCCAGCACCUCCUUGUUGCAGCCGAGUUCAAACAGAAAUUAUGCCAGUACACUGAUGUAGGUCCGGUAGCAACCACUGAACCACUGCAAUGGGAUCACCAGAAGAUCGAAGGGCAUUUCUGGCCAGCGACUCACAGCACAAGCUGCCACUCCAUCACAAAGGAGUUGAUUCUUCAGCGAUGCUGAUACUUGGCACGCCAACCAUGGCUCCACAGAUGGUGGCUCCCAUCUGCACUGGAACUUAGAGUCUUCUCUUCUGUUCUCAGCAGAACAAAAAUAAUGCCUUCGUUCAUUAGAGCAGGUCCGUCUUCAAUUGCUCCCCAAGUUGGGGAAGCAUUGCCUGUGAACGCCUAGCAAGUCCUAAGGUUUUAACUUAUUUUGUGGGAAUGGAUAAUAUAAGCUUCAAUGUUACAAUGUUUCCUUGUCUCA